CUCACCCUCAAAAUGUAAACAGAUACGGCCGCCAUUACACUGGGCUACCCUACUUGUCUUAUCUGGACUGAAGCGAAUUGCGAGAACAUCGCUGUGGUGGUAAAAAAACAAAACAGUAUAUCUGGAAAUAUUAAAGGUUAAAAUGAAAGACCCCGGCCGCUGCUGCAGCAACAACACAGGCUUCAAGACUAGCGAUGUCAUCCUUAAUGGCAAUCUGAACGGUGAAGAGAACCCCUUUGCUGAAUACAUGUGGAUGGAGAAUGAGGAGGAGUUCAACAGACAGAUUGAAGAGGAGUUAUUGGAGGAAGAGUUCAUCGAAAGAUGCUUCCAGGAGAUGCUGGAGGAGGAGGAGGAACAUGAUUGGUUCAUACCAGCACGUGAUCUUCCUCAAACCUUUGCUCAGCUGCAGGACCAGCUCAGUGCCCUGGUCAUUGGUGAUGGAUACAUGUUAAACGACUUAGUAGUUAACAGCAAUUUGAAUCCCAAUGCAAAAGAAUUUGUUCCUGGGGUGAAGUACUGACCUCAGUCCUGUGAUGAAUGUAACCCAUCUCUGUGCUGUGAGUCAGUGCUAAGAGGCUCCUGAUGAGAUCUUUGUUUCUGUCACUUUUUGCACUUACAGCUUUGCCAAAGUUUCCAAAUAGUUUGCAUGCUACUUUAAAGGCAGAUUAUAUUACACAACUUUGAUGAUGCUUUCUUUUUCUCCAGCUGUUGAUCAAAUAUAAAUGUCAAAUAUAAAUGUCUAUUUAGUUCUGAACAUAGAAGUACAUUUCGUUCGGACAUUACACGUAUAAUGCUAUGGAACAGCCCUUGAACUGUACUGUACUUCUAUAAACUACUGAAGAUGUCCCAUCAUGCUUUCUCUGCAUUUUAAAAUCAGAAGUUAUACUUGAGGAUAAUGUGGAGGCAUGAAACUACUGCUAACCAAGAAAAAUUGGUUAUAAUUUUUUAUUUUUAUAACAUGGUAUACCAAUAGAAAUGGUAUACCAAUAGAAAUGGAGAAAUUAUGUUUCCUUUUUGGUGAUCUCUCAUCUUUACUUUUAUAUUUAGUUACAUUUGACCUUUUCUGUGCUUUCAUGGCAUUUGUUAAAUUGUUUUUUAUGUUACAACUAAGCGUUUGACACUGCUAUGUAGGGAAUAUUUAAAAUACUGGAGAAAAAAAAUACAUAAAAUUAUGUAAAAUAUGUAUAUUUUUAAUACAUCUAUAAAUAAAAUAUUUGUGGUCCUUUUGAAUUAUAAGCUGUUGUACAUCUUGUGUGUUAGUGCAGUCACUGUUAUUAGUCCUCAUGUAUUCAUAUAAUCAAAUGUUGAAGACAUUGACUAGACUGAAAAGCUGAGGUUGUUGUAUACUUUUUAUCCACUAGGUGGCGAUGUUAGCUCAUCUUUGCACUAGCCUCUGUCCGGGCAGCAUUGUGUGCUGGUAACUUCCAAUCAUAUCAACAACAACAACCAAAAAGAAAAAGAUAAACUCUUAAAAUACA